GCUGGUAGGGGAAGCACAUUCGCGAGCCAGCGCAGCCGCCGGGAGAUGCAGCGGGCUGCGGCUUGAGCUGAGACCCGAGAGCGGCGAAGGGACACCCGCACACAGCAGGUGGAAAACCGGCCCGGAGCCAACCAGCGAGAAGAAAGUACCUGAGCACCGCGCCUCCUCCGCCCUCAGCCGGCGAGAACUACUUUUACCCUCGCCGCAAAAGACAGACCGAGGGAGGGUGAGGGCGACCUGCUUUAUUGGGAGGAAGGCUGCAGAGAAUCCCGAGCAGGGCAAGCCGCCGCCCGGUACUCCGAGCCGCCAGCCUGGGCUCCUGAAGAUAAAACCCUUUUCCGGAGAAAUCCAGCUGGCGUCGCUGGUACAGUUCUAUUUUUGUAUUUACAUAUAUAUGCUCUUCGCCUCCCUUUAAAAAAAAAGAAAACCACGGCCCUUUUUGGUAGCAGGAGUGGCACGUGUCAGUGCAGAGUGGGAAUAUUUACAGCUCGCCCGCUCUCUCUCUCGUUUGCUGUCACUUUUUGGAGGCUCGGAGCGCUCUCGGUUUUUGAAACGGGAGUUUUAAUUGGAAACUCUGUUUUCCCACGUAUCUGUACAUUUACGCGCACAGGCGUUUAAAAAGAUACAGCUCCAUUUAGCCUUUGGAGAUCCGAACCCUACGGAGAAAGAUGGAAAAGGGGGCCCGACACCGAAACAACACUGCGAAGAACCACCCGGGUGGGAGCAGAUCGGACUCCAGCCCUGAGGCCGCGGCUGGCUCGGGAGGGGGCGGAGUAGCCCUGAAGAAAGAGAUCGGAUUGGUCAGCGCCUGUGGUAUCAUUGUAGGGAACAUCAUCGGCUCUGGGAUCUUUGUCUCACCGAAGGGUGUGCUGGAGAACGCUGGCUCUGUGGGCCUUGCUCUCAUCGUCUGGAUCGUGACAGGUGUCAUCACAGCUGUGGGAGCCCUCUGCUAUGCUGAGCUGGGUGUCACCAUCCCUAAAUCUGGAGGUGAUUACUCCUAUGUCAAAGACAUCUUCGGAGGACUUGCUGGGUUCCUGAGGCUAUGGAUCGCUGUGCUGGUGAUCUACCCCACCAACCAAGCUGUCAUCGCCCUCACCUUCUCCAACUAUGUGUUGCAGCCACUCUUCCCUACCUGCUUCCCCCCAGAGCCCGGCCUGCGACUCCUGGCCGCCAUCUGCUUGUUGCUGCUCACAUGGGUCAACUGCUCCAGCGUCCGAUGGGCCACCCGGGUUCAAGACAUCUUCACAGCCGGGAAGCUGCUGGCCCUGGCCCUGAUCAUUAUCAUGGGCAUCGUGCAGAUAUGCAAAGGAGAGUUCUUUUGGCUGGAGCCAAAGAAUGCAUUUGAGAAUUUCCAAGAACCUGACAUCGGCCUCGUCGCUCUGGCUUUCCUCCAGGGCUCCUUUGCCUACGGAGGCUGGAACUUUCUUAAUUACGUGACUGAGGAGCUUGUGGACCCUUACAAGAACCUUCCCAGAGCCAUCUUCAUCUCCAUCCCACUGGUCACAUUUGUGUAUGUCUUUGCCAAUAUCGCGUAUGUCACUGCAAUGUCCCCCCAGGAGCUGCUGGCCUCAAAUGCAGUCGCUGUGACUUUUGGAGAGAAGCUUCUGGGGGUCAUGGCUUGGAUCAUGCCCAUUUCUGUUGCCCUGUCCACAUUCGGAGGAGUCAACGGCUCACUCUUCACCUCCUCCCGGCUGUUCUUUGCUGGAGCCAGAGAAGGCCACCUUCCCAGCGUGUUGGCCAUGAUCCACGUGAAACGCUGCACCCCCAUCCCCGCACUGCUCUUCACAUGCCUCUCCACACUGCUGAUGCUGGUCACCAGUGACAUGUACACGCUCAUCAACUACGUGGGUUUCAUCAACUACCUCUUCUACGGGGUCACGGUUGCAGGGCAGAUAGUGCUUCGCUGGAAGAAGCCUGACAUCCCCCGGCCCAUCAAGAUCAGUCUGCUGUUUCCCAUCAUCUACUUGCUGUUCUGGGCCUUCCUGCUGAUCUUCAGCCUGUGGUCAGAGCCGGUGGUGUGCGGCAUUGGCCUGGCUAUCAUGCUGACGGGAGUACCUGUCUAUUUCCUGGGUGUCUACUGGCAACACAAACCCAAGUGUUUCAAUGACUUCAUUGAAUUAAUAACCCUAGUGAGUCAGAAGAUGUGUGUGGUCGUGUAUCCCCAGGUGGAGGGGGACUCAGGGACAGAGGAAGCAACGGAUGACGUGGAGGAGGAGCAGCAGAAGCCCAUCUUCCAGCCUGCUCCUGUCAAGGACCAGGACUCAGAGGAACAGCCCUAGCUCUGAGGACUAUCAUCCCUUUAACUGACCACUCCCUCCUUCAUCCUUUCUGCCCUGCAUCCCUGCCUAGGUCCCCCCAACACACACACACACACACACACACACAUACUUCUGACUUCUGUCAGGCAGGGGCAAGACCUGGGUGUCCAUGGUGACAAGUUCUAAACAAAGACACUCUUGUACCCAAAGAACUGCUUCCAGCCCCAAGGCCCACGGUCAAGGUCAGGGUACCUGGGCCUGCACGCACUCCAAGGGACAGAGGAGAGUGAAGGUGCCGUGGGUACCCUACAAGACCCCCUCCCAGGCCCAUGCCCUUUGGGUGCCUCUAAGAAACCUGGGCUCACUGCUGCGUCUUCUCCCUAGUUCUGAGCCCAGGUUGGGAAGGAGGAGGUGGCAGCCAGCCACAGUGAGUUGUCUGGGGAAGACCAAUGAAACUCAAGCGUCACCACUCACCGUCAGCUGGAGAGACUCAAAUGCCUCUUCAGUCACCAGGGACCCAAAAGGCAGAGGGUUCGCUCCUCACCCUGUACCACUACCACUCCCCUGCCCGACCCAGGCCCUGCCCAGAAACUUCCCUUUCAGGGUGCCUCCUCCCCACUGAGCUAAGGACCAAGAAGGAGGAUCACCCUAUCCCCAGCUAAGCCAUGCUUGUGGAAUACACAGGGGAAGGCUCAGACUGCAGAUGCCAAGCCCUACCCUUGCUCCUGCCCCUGCUCCUGCCUCCUGUCCCCCUGUGGUGCCAAAGCUCCCUGAAGCCAGAAAGACUUGUUAAGUUCAGUCUAGUAGACAUCUAUCUCUCUCUAAAGGGCAAAGCGACUCAGCUACACCUCCCCUCCUGUGAGAGAGCAGUGGCUCUCACCAUCCCAGCAGCUCUUCCCACGCACAAGCACUGCCGGCCAGCCUCACCCUUCUUCUCAUCGGACCUUGGCUCAAGGACCAGGCAGGAAGCAGAGCCCUUCGGGGCUGAAAUUAAGAGUCAAACCAGCCUUAAGUCAUCUCCCAUUCAAGAACUGAGCCUAAAAAUGCUCCCUAGUUCUACCCUUCAGGACAGUCCUGGUGUUAAAUGCCUUCCCUGGAAGGAAGGGUGCUUCCCCCUCCCCACAGGUGCUCACCCUCACCCUGGGGAGACCAUGUGGGGGGAGGUUCUGAAGGCUAGUCCCUCUCCCCUCCCCCAACUCAAAUGAUCCCACCACCAUCCUGCCAUCCCAUCUGGGACAAGAUGGAAGACAGUGACAGAAAGGCACUCCCUUUGGAGACCUCAGAAAAGCUGACCUGUGCUCUCCCAGAAGGUAACAGGGUUUGCCUUGUCCUGGUAGCCACCACACCUGCUCUGCUAGGGACAGGAUCUGUUGAUCACAAAGCAGGACCCAACCCUCAUUCCAUCUACUCAAACUGGAAAACCCCAGGGCCUUUGCCUGGUCCUUCAGAGGACAGUCCAGGCUGGCUGUGGGGCCUCUGGGGGACCAGGGACCAUCCCUCAAUCCCUUUCUUCUCACUCCCCCAGCCUCUACCCACCCCCUCCUUGAAUUAUUAUCUCUCUCUCUUUUUUUUUAAGUGGAUGCCUUACUUUUUGGAUAAAUAUUUUUGAAGCUGGCAUUUCUAUUUCUUUUGAGUUUUUUAAUGUAUGUGGUUUCGGGGGCAGAACUAGAACCUUAAUAAUCUGUCACUGAGCUCAUUUAGGUUUUGAGUUUUAUUGGUUUGUUCUGUGGAGUGUUUUCUUUUCAAGUAAUAAAAUUUUAAAUGGAAA